AUGAUUUUUCAACAGAAUCAAACAUAUUCAACAGGUGUUGGUUCACAUCCAAUUUCAGUAAUAACUAAUGAUUUUAAUAAUGAUAAUUAUCUUGAUAUUGUUAUUGCUGAUAAUGUUUAUUUUCUUUCAAUUAUAUUUUAUGGAAACGGAAAUGGUUUAUUUAUUUUAAAAUCAUCUUUGUUGGCCGAAUCAUCAUCUUUACCAAUUACUUUGAAUGCCUAUGAUUUCAAUGAUGAUAUUAUUGUCUCUUAUACGAAUGCAACUUACAUUGGUUUGUAUUUUGGAUAUAAAAACGAUUCAUUUUCACAAUCAAUGAAAUUUUUAACUGAAAAAAAGAUUUUUUCAUUGAUUGCAUUUAGAGAUUUAGAUAAAUUUAAUUUUCUAGAUAUGAUUGUUGGAAGUGUAUUUUCUUAUUCAAUUGAAAUCUUUUAUGAAAAUUCCAAUGAAAUAUUUUUCAUUAAUGAUUGA